CCGUUUGCUGAUUGCGCGGUUAGCUGGGGUGCCAGGAAUUCCAGCUGAGCAAUAAUUCACAUGGAAUGACACAAAAUUUUCGGAGUCACCGACAAAGAUAUGUGUCUUUCUCUUGCUUGUGAUGCUACUGGAUACUCAAUGAACUAAUCCAGCACUAAUCCCUCCGACUUCCUUCCGAUGUCUGAUUAAGCACAGGCUGUGCUGCCCCUGCAGGGUAGUGUGCUACUACCUGUGUACUACUUGUGGCUGUCCGCCUGAUAGGCCCUUCCCCAUUCUCUCUUUUCCCAUAUACACGUAUGCUUGAAUGAGCUGUAUCUUAUCGCCACCCAGGGCACCUUCCGAGCAGCUGCGGCUUGACAGCUUUCGGAUCCUGAGCCGACUCUUACUGGUUGUCGAAUUCAAGCCAUGGUUCGCCCGUGAAACACGGUGCAGCGAGCCCAACCAGGCGUAUCGCAUAUUGUGGGAGUGUUUCUCGCUGGGGGCGCCAUCAUGUACACUCUUGAACCUCUUGUCGCCGCCGUAUCAUCCCGUCGCGUUUGAGUUUGAACUGUCGAUGGACGAGCGAGUCGCGUUCUUUGCAAAGUUCAUUGAUCAUGUGCGCCUGCUGGAGAUACGGGGCUUACUCCCAUAUGGGGAGGUCAUUCGUGUUGAUGAUAUGUUUGGGAGGUCGAAUCCUGGGUUUGCGAAGGUGUUGAAAACAGUACAGAGCAUUCUGUGCGCAUUACAAGGGUCCUAUCCAGGACUAUUCGUCGUUCCUUACCGGUCGCAGUAUCAGCGCCAAGCUUUUGUGCAAAAUUUGCUGGAUACUGAGCGGGCUCAUGUGUGCAACUUGGGUAUGGUUUCGGAAUCUGUAUUGAUGAUGUCAGAAACGACAGGCUUGGUUGAUCCAGCCCUAGAGUGCCUUCUCAUCAAUCGUACCCAUCUACGUGAAUAUCACGAUAGAGUCCUAUCUUUCUUGGAGAAUGUCGUCACUGCUCCUUGGCUGGAGAACUGGACUGUAAUGUUCAACUCGGAACAUAUAUCGUUCAAAACGAGAACGAGCAGCGCGUAUCGGUCCAUAUGCGUAAACUACCUCCCCAUGUUCGAGUUCCUCCGGAAUCAGCUGCACCUCCUUGAUCCGGCGCUAAAGAUUCAUGCUCAGACCCUUCUCAACAUUCUCAGCCAACUACCUUCCAGAAUUUCCGAGUACUGGUUUUUCCUCACUGCGAUCUUGCAGGUGUCUUCCCCAGCCGAACAUCCGUCUUAUGAUUCUCUAUGUACCGUCGUCUUUCGAAUGCGCGAGUCAUCGGAUACCAUCGAUGAGAUGAGUCGACAGAUACGUUCGAUGCGGGCCACGCAGAUCCUCAAGGCGCGGGCAUACUUCUGGGACAGUGAGAUCGACCCCGGUUCCCUCGGGUCUCUUCUUCUCGAUGAUGUCCUCGUGGAGGCCUCAGGAGUACGAUACGCCGUCUUCUUGUUCGAAACGAUGCUCUUGUGCUGCUUGGAUGGUGCGGGGGAUCGCCUGCCAGCGCAAUAUCCCACUAAAGCAUGGGAGUUGGGUCCUGGGCUGAGGGAGAAGUCAUUCUUAAAUCUCGUCCAUGCUAUUCCGACUAGCGCUCUUGACAUGGUCUGUAUUACAGGUCCUCAAUCCUUUUCAGUUGAAUGGACAGACGCCCGUGUUUUGGAGUUCAACACGAUCUGUUCCUCUCAGAAUGAGCAAUGGUGCUCGAUGCUGGGACUCUUCGCUGAAGCCAUCGUUGACGAGUCGUGCUCCAGGGAUAGUCUUGAUAAUGUCUCUCUCCUUUCUGAAGAUGAAGAUGCUGGCGGACGACGGAGAUCGCAUCCUAGACCAUGGAGUAUCAUUGCCCGUAAAGGACCUCAAUCAGAGUCUUCAUCAUUGAUCCGCCAAAAUUUUGGGAACAACGAUAUUCUGUUGAGCCCAGGCUUGUUACCUACUCUCUUCAACGGCACUUCAGAUGUCCCCAUAAGCCCUUUAUCGGAGGAGACCCAUUUUACUCCUCUGGGCCUACAUUUCGAUCCGCCACCUACACCACCUCCGGAAUUGGAUACUCUCGAUGAGCAUGAUCCAACAAUCUUACUGGAUUUGACUGGCAAAGUCACGCGAAAAGGCCGAUUCCCUGAAGCCCACGGAGGAUUCUCCGAUGUAUGGAAAGGAUUAUGGAUGGACGGACUACGCGAACGAACGGUCGCCAUCAAAGUUCUGCGCUCCGGCGGAGACAACCCGGAGAUGAAAGAGAAGAUGAAGUUGCGGCUUUUGAGGGAACUGAACAUGUGGAAAAAGUUGGAUCACCCGAAUAUCCUUCCGUUACUUGGGGUUGUAUCAGAUUUUGGUCGAUACGACGCUAUGAUCUGCCCAUGGUUGGAUAAUGGGUGCGUAACCCAGUACAUGGAACGAUGCGGAGAUCUCCUUUCCAUGACAGAUCGUUUACAGCUUUUGUGCGGGGUAGUAGAAGGGUUAAAAUAUUUACAUUCUUUCAACAUUGUACAUGGAGAUCUUACCGGGUCGAACGUUUUGAUUAACGAUCAAGGGAAGGCGCUCCUGGGAGACUUUGGAUUGUCAAGUAUUGUCGCUGAGUUUGACGGGACAUCUUGCAUGACGUCCGGAGUCAGCGGAGCUGUGCGCUGGGCCGACGCCUCGUUGUUCAAAAUUCUCCUGGGAGACGAUGAGGACGAUAGGGUGACAUCACUCACAACUAUGAGUGAUAUAUACUCUUUCGGCAGCGUUACUCUAGAAAUCUUGUCAGGCCGCAUCCCGUACCAUUAUGUCCGCACGGACGCCCAGGUUGUUAUCGAGCUGCAUAACGGCAAGAAACCGCGGCGGCCUGCGCCAUCCUUCGUCACCAACGCACAGUGGGAUUUUAUUCAGCGUUGCUGGGCGGAUGAUCCGCAGGAGAGGCCUGAUGUUGGGCAGGCCUUGGCAUCCAUUCAAGGCUUGUAUCGCACGAGCUUGGAAUUCAGAAGACAUAGUGCUUGAGCCUUGGGAAAGAAACGCAUUUGUAUGAUUAUUUUUGCUAGUUAUUCUUGUCAUGAGAACGGUUUUAUUUCAGUUUUUGACAGAACAUUUGGUAAUGUGUAAUUAUUUUUGGUCUAGGCCUUGGUUUGUAAAUCCUUCUGCAUUCCCAUUCUUUAUCCUUGUAAGUUAAGUAUGUUUUCUUGAGCACUUCAUAACUUAUUUUCAU